CCAGCACCGACCCCCCCGCGCCCACCCAUCUUCUCCUCCCUCGCCCCGAAGAUAAAUACCCCCCGACCCUCAACCAAACCCGUCCUACCUUUUUGCCCAUCAUGAACGGCGAGGAUCCCCAAGAGCGCCCCGACUUCAUCCGCGCCAUCAUCAACGGUCUCGAGCGCUACAACCCUGAAGCCGCUGGCACUCUCGAGGCCUACCUCACCCAACAAUGUGAGGAGAAGUUCUGCGAUUGCAACGCCAACCGCGCGCUGCUUAAGCUCUACCAACUCAACCCCGACCGCAUCAAGGAUGAGGUCAUCACCAACAUCCUCGUCAAGGCCAUGACCCAGUUCCCCUCGCCCCAGUUCGACCUCGCCCUCCACCUCCUCAGCCCCUCGCAGUCCAACCCGGGCCCCAACUCGUCCUCGGAGCUCACCGAGGCUGUUUCCAAGCUGCGCGCCCUCAACGCCCAGCUCGAGGGUGCCGAGUACGCCCGCUUCUGGGCCACCCUCGACAGCGACGAUCUCUACGCCGACCUGACCACCGACAUCGCCGGCUUCGAGGACAUGAUCCGCGUCCGCAUCGCCCAGCUCGUCGGCCAGUCGUACCGCGAGAUCCAGUUCCCCGUGCUCGAGAGUUGGCUCGGCCUCAACAACUCCGAGGCCACCACCCAGUUCAUCACCGAGACGUGCGGCUGGAAGGUCGAGGGCGAUCUCGUCCAGAUCCCCAAGAACGCCGACAACGAGGCGCGCAAGGCCGAGAUUCGCGAGGACGUCAACGUCGACAUGUUUGCGAGGGUCAUCAAGCGCAGCUGGGAGGAGUCUGCUUAGGCGCCGUCAACACUUGGCAGUGUCGAGAAAUGCUGAAGGAACGCAACGAAACGGGGAAGGAAAGGGAGGGAGAAGGUUGAAGAACUGAAGAGACAAAAAUCCCUUCUUUCGAAACAUGGAGAGAGGGGGGGACAACAAGAAGAAGAGGACGAGAAACAAUGGGGGGCCUGAUGUCAAUACCCGUAUAAUUACAUCCUUCUGUGUGUGUGAUUGGGCCCCAAUUUCUUGCAUCUGGUAGCAAAAAAAAGCUCUGGCGUUUUUGGGUUUUGAGACAAAUGUUGAAGAACGGAACUGGACGGGCACGUUUUUAUCCCGUUACUGCUGUUGCUAGCUACUUUACACUGUCCUUGGUCUCGGAACAGA